GCGCGGGGCGCGAAGGAGAAGAAGAGGGGCAGGAGGCGAGGCGCCGCCAGCGACGCCGAGGACGAGGAGGAGGGCGAGGUGGCAGAGGUCGCGGACGAGGAGGAGGAGUCCGAGGAAGUGCAGAUCGGAGGCGCUGGCGCGGAAGACCUCUCGGACGAGGAGAGGGAGCUGGAGGACCUUUCCGCGCAGUCGCCCGCCUCCUUCGCUAUGAUUGCCUGGUGCUUAAGCGGGAUUGAAGGGUUCAUUUGUGCAGUCUGA